AUGUCGACCCGUCAAGCGGCAUUGUCGCUUUACCGACGGUCGCUGAAGCUAGCUCUCGACUGGGCUGUUCACCGUCACCUUUGGAGAGGCCAGGCACUGUACAUACGCUCGUUGUUCGAAGCUAAUCGAUCUGUAACGGAUUCACGACAGAAGAGAGAACUUUUGUCCCAGACAGAGAAGUUGCUGUCAAAGUGGAAGCACCCAGAGCCUUACGUGCACCCGACGGCACCCGGCGGUUCCAAGUUCGAGCGCAACCUUCGGGCACCGAUUCUUGACCCGCCACCUCCAUUGAAAUUCUGA